AUGGUAGAAAUAGCUCAAAUUGAGGAAGUAUUGAAGAAAGAAUUGGCACCUGUUCACACUAAGCUUGCUGCGGUAGAAGGAAACCUUAAACAAAUGACCACGUCCUUAGAAUUCUUAUCGACAAAAUACGAUCAACUGCUAGGACAUUCCAAGACCACUAACGAGAAAAUAACAGGGCUUACAAAAACAACUAGAACCAUUCAAGCAGACAUUAAAAUCAACAGAGAUAUGACUCUCGAAGCAAAAGGGGAAUCCGACGAGCUAGCACAGUACCUGCGAAGAGACUGUCUUGAAAUUUCAGGAGUGAAACCAAAUGCAGAAUACAGUAGCGAAGCCAUCGUAGAGAGUAUUGGCAAAGUAUUGAAAGUUAACAUCGAAGAAAAAGACAUUUCAACCGCCCACCCAUUACCUACGUUCAAUAAUUGUGAAGUUCACUUGCAGAAAUGUACGCAACAAAUUCUACGCUGA